AUGGUGCGGAAUCCCGAUUCUCGCCCGGCCCAAGCGCUCACCAACUUCGGGGUUGCACUGAACGUCGGCGACUGGGAUGACGAGGCUGCACUGACGGCCGGCGUCGGCGGCUGCGACAUGCUGUUUCUCACUCUCGUCUCCAACUAUAGAGACUUGGACGACGAGCCCGCGGGCGUCAAACACGUCGUCUACACCAGCGUUGUAAUCGCCGACGCACCAGAGAGGCGAACACUGUUGCCGGCGGAUCGCCCUCGUUGCAAGGGCCUUUUCUGCAAGAAUAUCAUCGACGGGCUGGUGCAGCGGGCUGGCUUCGAGCAGUGGACCAUCGUCCGCCCAGGGUUCUUCAUGCCCAACCUCCUGGACCCCAAGGCCCGAAUGUAUCACGAGCUUUUCGAGAGAAACACUUACGCAGGCUGGAAACGCCCUACGCCCUCCUCCUUGCCCCUCCGACAGCCCAGGGAUUGA